GGUCGUCUUCCACCCCAUAAGCUUCCAAAAACCCCUCUCUGCAGCUCGGAGCUCCGCCGUAGAGGAGGAGAAGAUGAUGCUCGGAGAGCCUCACCGGCCGACCAACCCGACGAUCGACGUCCCACCGUGGCCGGUCCUCGACGAUCCGGCGGACGACGCGGUCCCCCACUCCCCGUACUCCCCUUACUCGCUCAAUGCCGGCUUCGGCCGCUGUGACUCCUCCCCCUCCGCCGCGAGCCCCGGCCACCUCCAGGACGUCGUGGCGGCGCUCCGGCGGUACCUGCCGUCGAACCGCCCCGACGCGGAGCCCGACCCGGACCUACCGUCCUCGCGCGAGGCGGACUUCCCCAUGGACGUCUACUCGUGCGACAGCUUCCGCAUGUACGAGUUCAAGGUAAGGCGGUGCGCGCGGGGGCGGUCGCACGACUGGACCGAGUGCCCCUACGCCCACCCCGGGGAGAAGGCCCGCCGGCGGGACCCGAGGAAGUACCACUACUCCGGCACCGCGUGCCCGGAGUUCCGCAAGGGGAGCUGCCGGAAGGGGGACGCGUGCGAGUUCGCGCACGGCGUGUUCGAGUGCUGGCUCCACCCGGCGCGAUACAGGACGCAGCCGUGCAAGGACGGCGCCGGGUGCCAGCGGCGCGUGUGCUUCUUCGCGCACACGCCGGAGCAGCUUAGGGUGGUGACCCCGCAGCAGAGCCCCAGGGGGGCUGCGAGGCAGCUUCCGUUCCUGGCCUCUCCGAGCACGGUCUCGCCGGAGGAUUCGCCGCCGAUGUCGCCGAUGGCGGCCGCGGUGACUCACCAGUCUCUGAGCCGGUCGCUUGGGUCGAGCUCCGUGAACGAGAUGGUGAUGGCUUCGCUGAGGAACCUGCAGCUCGGUAAGGUUAAGUCUCUGCCUUCCACUUGGAAUGCAAAUGCUCAUGUCACCCCCACCGGUUCUUUCGGGUCGCCGCUCCGACCCGGGUUCUGCAGCAUGCCGACGACCCCGACCCGUGUUCCGGCCCGGUCGGGGAUCGGAUACUUGGAUUUCUGGGACCAGGUUGAGGAGGAGGAGGAGGAGCCGCUGAUGGAGAGGGUGGAGUCAGGGAGGGGCUUGAGGGCCAAGAUGUUUGAGAAGCUGAGGGAGGAGAGCUCUCUAGACCGGGCCGAGCCAGAACAGCCCAGCCUCGGCGGCGGCGGACCGGAUGUCGACUGGGUGUCGGAUCUGGUGAAUUGAUUCGGAUCCUGGGAAGUGGGAAGCGAGUGGUUCUGGAUGUUCCUUUUUUGGGGUUCUUCUGUUUGCAGUGUACAGAACAUGGAGGGAGGGAGGGAGAGAGCGAGAGACAGAGAUGGAGAGGGAGGGCUUAUGGUCUCCAGAGCAGAAGCAGCAAUUCAAGAUUCGGUGUAUAUAUAAGUCUAGUAUCAAAUUAUUAAUUAAUUAGCGUAUAUUUAUAAUAGAUACAAUGGAUAUUGUAGAAAGAAGGGUGUUUUUGGGGGGGUUGGAAGGUCAGAUGGAAGCUGUCCUGAUCUUUUUGUAUUUGUGGGGUUGGUGGUUUUCCGAGAAGAAGAUCAGAAGGGGGGAGAAUAGUAGCAAGAUUGGGUAAUUUUUUCAAGUCAGGCCAGCAGCAGCAGAGAUUGGAUUUGGGCAAUUUUAUCCUCCUUUUGGGAAUGUGAAAAAUUUGGGGUUUAGACGAGAGAGUGGUAUGAUUAAGGUAAGAAGAUAAGCAGCGCUCCCUGAUUAUUGUAAAUGUUCUCUGGAGUCGGAUACUCUGCACCUUAUCUUCUA